GUUAGCCGUCAUUUUCAUACAAAUAUUGAGUGAUUAAAAAUUGUUUGCUAAGGCAAUGGUCGAAGAGAAAGGAGAAGGCCCUGAAGAUGUGGAUACUAUUGGAGUAUAUGUAGGUGGUCGCAAUGUCGAAGGAGAACGGCAUGGUGUAGGCUGGGCUGUGCUUCCAAAUGGAGACUUUUAUCAGGGCUGCUAUUAUCAAGGAAUGCGAAAUGGAAAAGGUUUAUACGUGUUUAAAAACGGAGCUCGAUAUGAAGGAGAAUGGCGUCAUGCUAUGAAGUAUGGGGUAGGUCAGAUGACAUAUCCCGAUGGAUCUCGCUAUGAGGGUGACUGGAGACAUGAUUUGAAGCAUGGGUUCGGAGCUUAUUAUUAUCCCAACGGUGAUAUUUACGAAGGAGCUUGGUUUAAAGGCAAACGUCAUGGCCUAGGAACGUAUUUCUAUUCAGAAAAUCAGAUAAAGUUUAUGGGAACGUGGGUGGAUGGGGUUAUUGAAGGUCCGGGACAGAUCAUGUAUCCCCGAGUCCGUUUCCAUGGCUCCUGGUACAAAGGAAUGCCAAAAGGUCCAGGAUGUUUUAUCUUUGAUACAAAUUGCAUGCAGCAUGGAUUUUACUUGCUGAUAAAAGAUCCUGAUUCUGAAGAAUUUGGAGAAGGCGAAGAAGAAAAGGAAGAAAAGGGAGCAAAAAGUGACAGGUUAGAAGAGGGGGAGGAGGAAAUCGAGAUUGACGAGACAUCAGGCAAAAUAUCAGUAUGGCGUGCUCGUAACGUAACAGCAUAUAUGGCAGAGUUCCUACCCCCUGAGCCAGUUCCGCUACCUGUGCACGACUCUAUACCUUCUCUAGCUGCAGCAAGUAUAGAGACAGAUGUCUUACGUUUCGAGCCACCUUCAAUAAUAGGAGAAGAAGGUGGCGACGACAACGACUCUUGGCUUCUUCACCGCCAACAGUUUUUAGAAGAAACUGAACAAAAGGAAUAA